CACUUCCCAUGGAUUCCUGUUGGUACCUGCAGGCCCAUGUGCCAGUGGCAAGCCAGCCUGUCGAAGGACUGUUGUUCCCUGUAGAAAGUGUAUAAAAUGACUGCAAUAACUUCUGCAAGAGGAAAUACAGAAGUGGUCAAUGUCAGAAGAACGGAAUCACAUGACAUUUCUGGUAUUAUCAGUCUCAGCAGCUAUUUUACUGAAAAAACGUUUGGAAGGAUUAAUGUCAUCUAUCUUUUAGAAAAAGCUAACUUUGCUGUGACACUCAGCAAUGAGAAGAAUGAGGUUAUUGCCCAUGCUGCAUUUCUGGACUAUCCAAAUUGGAAUCUUGUUGAUCAAGCUGAUUGGGAAUCAUUCUUACAUGAAAACUACAGUGAUGAAAAGUGCACAGCAGUGCAUGGAGUGCUUACCAAUAUCAUUAACAAAGCUGUAACUGAACCUGAAGAGACAGUUGGCAGAAGUGUGUUCAGAGAAAAGCCUCUGAAUACACUGUUUAUGCAUCUUUUUGUGGCAAAGGAUGAAUAUGCAGUUGGAUGUGCCCAAGAAAUCAUUAGGACAGUUUUUAAGGCAGUACCAGAAGUGCACUUUAUUCUUCUUUUCGUACCAAAUAAUGUGGAUUUAGGCCCAGGCCUAGGAGCUUUUUUUGAGCAGAUGACGAGUGUUCCAGGUUCGAUAGUUGAUGUGGACUUUACUUUGUUUGUGUGCCACAGGCACCAACAUUGUCCCCAGCUGUACAUUCGCAAAGCAAGGGUGGAAGACUAUGAUGAUCUCAUGCCUAUCUUCAUGCACCAGAAUGAAAUUCUGAGAGAAACCUAUGGAGAGUACUUCCUUGCAGAACUGAUAGACGCUCAAGAUGAAAAAAACCAUGCUGUUGUUUGUGAGGAUGAUCGCACUGCAGUAGGUUUCAUGAGUGUGUGCUCUGAAGUGAAUAUACAAUUACUUCAUGACUGUUUUGACCUGGGGCCUUUCCAUGGUCUCUGCAAGCCACAUCCUGAUGAUAUUCUCAAACUACCACAGGAGCCAAGUAUUGAAACAGAUGAAGAAAAAAGCAGCCAAACAAGUCAAGAAGCAGAAUCUGUUUUAUCUCAAAACUCUGAAUGUAUUAGUGCCCAUGAUAUGGAUAUUCAGAUGGGCACUAAAACUGAAGAUGUCCUUCCCCAAACCUUGGAUAUUGUCACCUCACAUUCUACAACAGAAAGUGUUCAGAAUACUGUUUCAGAGAAGGAGGGUGUAAACACUGUUUCCAGUGCUGAAUUGCCAGUAGAUGAUGUCAUUGGCACAGAUUUGAAAGCCGCUGGGACACCUACCUUAGAGACUGACGCGAGAGAUUCCUUUCAUCCUGUGUACAGAGGAGCUGUAACUGCUUUCUGUAUUCAGCUAUUCUGUAUUGAUGAGAAACAUGAAACAAGGUCACUGGAUUUCUUGCAAUAUGUUUUCAACCUCUUUCCAGACAAAGACUUUUGCAUCAUCACAGUGCCACACCUUGUGCCCGAAUUCCUUCUGAUCCAGAAUUUUGUUCGAGUUAAUCCUUCCAGCAACUCCACUCUUGAUCAUGAGCUCUAUGUGUUUCACCGUGCAGGACUGCUCAAGUCAUUUAAGGUAAGAGCAGCGACAACUAGUGAUACACCUGCUGUUGAAAUGCUCAUCAAAACUCUUGACUUGAAUGACAGCAUACUGGAUGACUUAAAGGUCUUCACUCAGGCUCGCAGAGAUCCAGAUGGGACACCAGUCCAGGCAUUUGUAGCAGAAGUUUUGGAUCAGAUAGUUGGCAUUUCUGUUGUUAAAAAUGAAAUGGAUAUUGAAUAUAUCCGUUCACAUUACAACAUUGAAGAUUUUAUUUACUUCAAUCAUCACCAGCAGGAGGAACAUGGCCAUCUGUACCACUUUGCUCUAAAUCCCAUAUUCCAUCAUUAUACCAAAUAUUUUCUGAAAGAGAUUCUUCGCUUAGCCUACAAGUCUUGUCUCUACUACCCUAUUUAUGCACAGUCUGUGGACGGCGAGUUUCAGAAUCCCUAUGCCCAUUCCCUGACAUCUGCCCUUCAUUACAUGGUUCCCGUGCGACCAAGACGACAGAUUGUCUAUCCUCUGGAAAAGCUUGGCAUAAACGCUCCAUCAAAGCAGGUCUCCAAGGAUCAGAUUUUCAUAGGUACAGAAAAAGGCACCUUCCUGAUUCCAAGACUAUCUCCCUGCCAUACUUCAAGAACUGCUGUAAACAUUUUAAGCUAUGCUUUGAACCACAUAAAUCGAAAGCUGAUGCUAGAGCCUAAAGUGUCUGUCAAUGCUAGAAUCGUGGUGGUUGGUGCAUCAAAUGUUGGAAUCUCCUUUCUAGAAACACUGAUUUUUUGUCCACACCUGAAGUUUAACAAUCUGACCCUGAUUUCAACUCAUGGACUUCCAGGAAAAAAUGCACCAGACUCUAAGAACAGAGGAUUUUUAAUUCAAAGCCACUGUUUUAAUGAUAAAGAUUAUGCAUUGAUGUCACUUUGUUCCUGGGUUAAUGUUGUGGUUGGUAAAAUGACUGGCAUAGACCGAGCUGCCAAACAUGUAGUGGUUUCCAAAGGGAAAAAAGUGCCAUAUGACCACCUUGUUCUCUGUACUGGGCAGCAAUACCAGGUAAGAUUGUGCACAUAGUGCAUAAAUGAACAUUUGAUGUUUACAAUGAUUAACAAUUUAAUAUGUUUGUGGAGAGUGUCACAGUUCA